GGUGGUUCGAAAGUCCGCUGACUUAACUUUUCAGCAAAAAAAAAAGUUUCUAUCUGAUAUCAUUAAAAAGUUAUUACAGUUUUUCUCAAAUGCUAAAACACAAAAGCCAAGCCUCUAAACCAAAUGACCAGUUGUCUAAACACGUACUAAAUCUAGCCAUCAUUUGCCAAUAUCAUAAACACAUUUCACAUGAAGACACAAUUCACAAAACACAAUCCCCCGUUCUCAUAAAUCUAAACACAUUUUCCUUGCUAAAACACAAGUUGCAAAAGAACUCUGCUCAUAUUCUCAAAUGAAAGCUCAUGUGAUGCAAAAUGCUUGCCACAGUCAGCAAUAUUUGAACACAAUGAACACACCUGGCGUCAUUCAUUACACACAACGACUCAAAAUUGAAGACACAUGUUGCCAAUGCUGUGACCACAUGUAUAAAAGCAAGUUCAGAGUGCACAGUUUGCUGAAGAUUCCAAACUAAACACAAUGGAUGAAGGCAGAGUCAGGGGAAGAGGAAUUCGAGUCAGAGGAGGGAGAGGAGCUGGCCAACGAGGAAGAGGAGUUCAAAUCAGAGGAGGAAGAGGAGCAGGCCAAUGAGGAAGAGGAGUUCAAAUCAGAAGAGGAGCAGGCCAACGAGGAGGAGGAGUUCAAAUCAGAGGAGGAAGACGUGCAGGCCAACAAGGGAGAGUAGAAGGUCCAGGAGGAAGAGCAAGACAACCUCGCACCAUCAUUACGGACGAAAUGCGAGCAACAGUCAUUGACCAUGUCAUUAUCCAUGGCAUGACAAUGGCUGAAGCAGGACUAAGAGUCCGUCCAAACCUGAGUAGGUUCACCGUGGACACCAUUAUCAGGGCAUUCAGACAACACAACACAACAGGUAUUGUACUCUAUUGCUUUCUUCGUCACAUUACAGUUUUAUAAGCCUGUGAAAGUAGUCUAUUGGUUCCAAAUCAGUUGUUAUUGUAAAACAUGUCAAUUGACAACACAUGUUCCUUUCUUUAGAGUUGAAAGAAUGCCACAUAGAGGUGGGAGGGUUGCCAUAUUUACAGCAGCACAAGAAACCCUCAUUGUGGAUAUGGUUCAUGAGAACAACCUCAUCAGACUCAGGGAGAUCAGAGACAAAGUCAUUGCAGAUAAUGUCAACUUCGAGAGCAUUGAUGAUCUCAGCUUGGCCACAAUAGACCGAGUUCUCCGGCGCCAAAAGAUGCGGAUGAAACAGGUCUAUAGGGUUCCCUUUGAGCGCAACUCUGCGUGACACAAAGACCUACGUUACGAGUAUGUGCAAAGGAUAUUACAAUUGGAUGCGAUGGCCAGACCUCAUGAGUACCUCUUCCUGGAUGAGGCUGGCUUCAACCUGCAGAAACAAAGGCAAAGAGGCCGUAACAUCAUUGGCCCAAGAGCCAUCACUAAGGUUCCUUGCCAACGGUGGGGUAAUAUUACUCUUUGUGCGGCCAUGAGUUCGGAGGGGCUUGUCCACCGGCAUGCUGUCCUUGGGUCUUACAACACCCAGAGUCUCCUCACCUUCCUAGAGGAGCUAAGAGACAUCCUCCUGGACCGCCACCAACACCAUCCUGUGCCCGCACAUCCCAUUUAUGUGAUCAUUUGGGACAAUGUCAGCUUCCACAGAACAAACCAAAUCAGAGAGUGGUUCACCACCAACAGUAACCAGUUUUUAAAUGUCUGUCUGCCACCCUACUCCCCUUUCCUGAACCCUAUAGAGGAGUUCUUCUCAUCAUGGAGAUGGAAGGUUUAUGACAGACAACCAUACACUAGAGAGAACCUCCUAAGGGCAAUGGAGCUGGCCUGUGUUGACAUCCCAGUGGAGGCCUUCCAAGGAUGGAUUUGCCAUUCCAGGGUGUUUUUCCCACGGUGCCUGGCAAGAGAGAAUAUAGCCUGCGAUGUGGAUGAGGUGAUGUGGCCCGAUGCAGUUCAGCGACAUGAUGCCGCACAGUGAUUGUGGUGUGUGUGUGGUGUGAAUAAAGUAAAUAAAACAACUUCACACCCUGAACAUGUUUUCAAGGGUACUGUUGUGUGCAAUAGAUUGUUUUUGCAUUGAGUUGUGUUACAGUAGUGUACAUGCAGUAUUUUCUAUAGAUUUAUACUCUUCAUAUGAAACUCACAAAUCUAAAUGCCUAAUCCUCUACAGAGAUUUAAGAAGAUCCAUUACUGUAAAGUUUCUACAAAUAUGCAUUGGCAGUUAUGAAACAAAGAACCUUCUCACAAAUUGAGCAUUGUGUUUUCAAUUGUUUUGCUGUAGUGUGUAAUGAUGUGUAUAGUGUAUUUUUGAAAGCUUCGAGCUGCUCUUUUGGUGUGAAAGUUUGAGUUUUGAAGUGCGAAAGUGUGGUUGUGUUUGUGUAGCUUUAGAAAAGGGUGUUGUGUUUAGACAUUGGGGGACAUGGAGAAAACGUUUGUGAAAUGUGUUUUAGCAUUUGAGAAAAACUGUAAUAAUUUAGUAAAGCAUGGUCUCAGCCAUCGUAUACGACGGCAUCGGCCCCGGAGCAUUAAACACUUAGAUCU